AUGGCGAGUGGAGGAGGAUAUGGAGACUCGAACCAGAAGAUAGACUAUGUGUUCAAGGUGGUGCUGAUAGGAGACUCUGCAGUGGGCAAGUCUCAGAUUCUGGCCAGGUUUGCUAGAAACGAGUUUAGCUUGGAUUCUAAGGCCACCAUCGGCGUUGAGUUUCAGACCAGGACCCUUAUCAUCGAGCACAAGAGUGUUAAAGCUCAGAUCUGGGACACUGCUGGCCAAGAACGAUAUAGAGCAGUUACAAGUGCAUACUACAGGGGCGCUGUUGGGGCAAUGCUUGUCUAUGAUAUAACCAAACGCCAGAGCUUUGAUCACAUACCCCGUUGGUUGGAAGAGCUGCGUAGCCACGCCGACAAGAACAUUGUCAUCAUUCUGAUAGGCAACAAAAGUGAUCUUGAGAACCAGCGUGCAAUCCCCACAGAAGAUGCCAAAGAGUUUGCUCAAAAGGAAGGACUUUUUUUCUUGGAGACCUCGGCACUGGAAUCAACAAACGUGGAGUCUGCUUUCUUGACUGUGUUGACAGAGAUAUUCAACAUUGUUAACAAGAAGAGCCUGGCUGCCAGCGAAAAUCAAGCUAAUGGCAACCCUGCAUCUCUGUCUGGUAAGAAGAUUGUCAUCCCAGGCCCUGCACAAGAAAUCCCAGCUAAGAGCAAGGUGUGCUGUACAUCGUGA